AUGCUCAUUGUUGUUGGGGCGCCUCCAUCUCACACGAUUGCUUCAGAAGUUGCUACAACUCUUGCUGGUGCAUACCUGAGAAAAAAGUCUGGUGUCAUGGGUCAACCAGCUCUCUCCGUCGAGGAUGAGAGAGAAGUUGUUGAGCGGGUGGAACGUUGGGUCCAACAUGGGUUCUUUCCCUACCACAUGUUGGCAAAGGAUAUAGCCAAUGUGUAUUUCCAUAAUGAUCAAAGCUACAACCAGAACAGACCAAACCUCAACGUUGGCUGGCAGAAGGGCUUCUUGGAUCGCAAUCCGGAACUUGCUGCCACCUUAGCUGAAGUGCGCGAUACAAUGCGGCUGAAAGGUGCGCAUGAAGACCGCAGGGCCUGGAAAUUCUUUGAAGCGUUCAAAGAUAUGAAGGAGAGGUUCCAGGUUACCGAUGAGAAUAUCUACGCAAUGGAAGACGCCGCAUUUGUUACCACUAUAUAUCGAAAGUCGAACGCUAUGUUUGUUCGACCUACAAAUCAACAUCACAAGAGAGAAGAACGGGCAUUCUCGUCUGUCAUCCAUUGUUGCUCAACAAAAGGAAAGCACCUGCGCCCAUACAUAGUCUGCAGGAGCCAGGAUCCACCACAAACUAGAAACAUCGGUCAAAUCCAGGUUUCCUUCAACCAGUCAGGCUGGGCUGAACCAAACCAUGCAGUUGAUUGGUUGAAGACUGUUUUUGAGCCAGAGACUCGACCUAGAGUUCGGCGUCGAACAUGGAGAAUCCUGAUGAUUUCCCAGCGAUUUCGCAUAGUUUUCCCCGAUUUCGUAAGCUUUUGUUGGGAUAACAAUAUCGCCUGUCUUUCUUUUCCCAAGAACGAGCAAAAGUUCUUCAACCCAAUGGAAAAUAUCGCAUUCGGUCCCAUCCAGAAGAGCUAUACCGACUAUAUGAGAAAGAGAUUUUUGGAUAACAAUGAAAAUGCCACUACACUGGGGGUGGCUGAGUUUACGAGCUGGAUCCAUGGCGAGCUAGCCUCAUCUACACGAGUGAAAGAAGCUGCAGAUAUUUGGCGUCAAAGCUGCAUUGUACCUCUCGAUGAAAAUCGUCUUCGCAACUGCCUUCAAGGCAACCGUGCUACCGCCGCCCCAGAGGAUAGAAGCUCCCUUUUCGAUAGCCACCUCGACUCGGACGAGCACGGUCAUAGAAUGACAAGCAGACGGUCUCCACUUCGAACAAGCGUUCCUUUACCCAUCAUUACAUCCACGGAGGCAAUAAGCCGACACUCCAGCCCCGAAUAUUCACCCCCUUCACCUCGGCCAUCACACAAGAGCCAAGAGAGCCAAGAGAGUCACGACAGUCAAGAGAGUGACAAUAGCUCCGAAUCAGAGGAAGAUGAAUCCGACAGCGAGCAUGAGACGGUCACCAGUCACCAUCCUAUCACGCCAUGCAAGACACCUAGACUGCCGAAGACUCCUCGGGCCAAGACGCCAGAGAGAGGGCGAUCUGAUUCGGUGAUGUCGUCCAAGAAGCACCGGGACAUCUUGGAUAAGUGCAUAGAAGGAUCACCCCAAACGCAAAAGAGGUAUCGCGACGAUUUGAUUUUGGAUCGUGGGGAUCUCGAAAAAGAGAAUGCCCGCCUGAAGGAAAGAGUCGAGCUUUUGGAACAAUUCGCGGUUAAGAGACCGAGACUUGACUGA